AGAUCAUACACCACUGAGCGAAGUCAUCGGCGCCAGUGAGGUCUUGUGUAACAACUAGAUUACCGGACUCUUAAGAUCUAAGACACUCUAGCUAGAUACACAUUUCAUCCAGAUAUAUUUUAAUGUCUAAAAUAGUGUUGACGUCGACGGCGUCCAUACCUCUAUGACGCGACGAAAAAUGUGAGGACUAAUGUAGUCAUGUAAUAAUCAUGAUUAUCUCAUCACGACAAGGAGAAGAAUGGAUCUUAGUUCCCUUUCCAGAAAGAUCAUAGGUAUUAACUUUGGCCAUUGAGUUAGAGAGCAGAUAAUAAAUAGUCGUAUCUAUAUCUGACUUCCUAAUUCGCAUUUUGCAAUAUCGGUGUACUUGUCUAAGAAUCUAGUAUUGGUAACUUCAACUUGUCUUCAUUCAUUUCGGAAACCAACGUCGAAAAUCUUAAUCAUGUCCAAAAGCGCAUACCAGCAAGCCGACGACAAAGCAUCUGGCGAACUUCCCCGUGAAGCCCCAGAAGGUCAAGUUUACGACUCGUCGUAUGCCACCCAGGGUCGGAGAGACGACGCUGCCAUUCCUGUCAUCAAAGACGACGACAAUGUUGAAGAUCCUAUCAACCUCCAAGACGCCGACUCCGACAAGCAAUUAGAACGCGACGACGCCGAAGCCAUUGAUAAAAGCAACGUGUUGAAGGAGAGAACUCGCGGUGAAAAGCCAAGGGGUACUUACAAGGAACCUACUGAUGAGGAUUUGGGUCUCACUGAAGAAGCAUAGUCGACAAUUGGAUGUUAUUCGGAUAGAGGAUGAAGGGAGUUUACUUAUGUCGAAAUGUCGAAAUGUCUAAGUCUGACCUAGUCUACAUUAUAUGAUAUUUCCCAUUUACUUU